CGCGGCGGCCGGCGCAGUGCAGCGUGUGCGGUCGCAGAGACAAGAUGCUGCUCGUCGGGGUCGCGCUGACAGUGCUGGUGUGCGGGAGCGGCGUCGCGAACGUCGCGUGCGACGCCACCACAGAGGCGGCGCCGGCGGCGGACGAGAGCGUGAGGCGCGAGAUCGCCGACGCCAACAACGCCUUCGCCAUCGACAUCUACCGGGGCUCCGAGGGGGUGGAGGUGAGCGUCGCCAACAAGAUGUUCGUGCAUCCGAACUUCACCGUGAAGGCGGCCUUCCGGCAGCGAGCGGUGGACAGCUUCCGCUCCGGCGCCGACGAGGUAGACUUCCGGUCGGAGAACGAGGCCGCGCGCCAGGCCAUCAACCAGUGGGUGGAGGCGGCCACGCAGGGGAAGAUUCGAAACCUCUUCGCCGCAGGCCAGCUGAGCCAGGACUCGGUGCUGGUGCUCGUGAAUGCCAUCUACUUCAAGGGCGAGUGGCUGAAGGCGUUCAAGCCGAACCAAACGGUCAACGAGCCCUUCCACUCGUCCAGCGCCGACAGCGUCCAGGGCUCUUCCAUGCGCAUGCUGAUAUUACUUCCAGAUGAAGUGGAUGGCCUCCCACGUCUUGAGGAGAACCUUGAUUCAAUAAAUUUUACUGCCCUAAACUUCUAUCCAUGGGAAGUGGAAAUUAAAAUGCCAAAGUUCAAGAUUGAAUCUAAGUUAGCUCUGAAGGAGCCACUUUCUAGGCUUGGAGUUACAGAUUUGUUUACCCCAAGUGCCAACCUCAGUGGACUCACUGAUGUACCCAACGUGUCUGUAUCAAAAGUUUUGCAGAAAGCAUUUGUGGAGGUAAACGAGAAGGGAACUGAAGCUGCUGUUGCUACAGCUGUGGAAUUUGUUGCAAGAUCUGGCAGGCGUCGAAUAAGCUUUACGUGUGAUCAUCCCUUCCUCUUCUUCAUACAAGGGGCUGACAGGACUAUUCUCUUUAUGGGUAGAGUUGCUAGCCCCAGUGCAGCAGCUAGCCCCAAUGUAGUGGCUAGCCCCAAUGAAGCCUAAGUCAUCCAUUUCUUUGUAAUUUUGUGUUUUGCAUGAUGUGUACAGUAUCUCAAAUAAAUGUUAUUUUAUCUUAAUGUUUAUUAACUUUCCUUAAGCAUUAUUUAAACUGCCUUUUCCAUGGAUUUUUUAAGAAUCAUCCGAACUGAAUUAUCUCUUGUCCAUACAGAAAUACAGUGGAACACCUUGUCCCUACUUUUUGAUUUGUAUCACAGUAUUUUUACUUCAUUCUAUUGUAAGUCUUUUAAAGUUUGUGUAUCCAAAAAUAGAUAAUACUAGUACUUUUUCAAUAUGAAUAAAACUAUACUUUCAAAGCUUGGUUUCUCUAAAAUGUAUUCAAUUGGUUUGCAAUGUAAAUGAAAGGAGUCUUCAGAGAUGCCUGAACUAAUUUUUUGAAAUAAAAUAGUAACAUCCAAUAAGGCUUAAUACUGCAAUGAGCAAUGAGACCAUUGCACAGACAGGAAAGGGGGAAAACAAUGCUUUCAGAACUCCUAUUGUUUUUAGUUUGAAAAAAAAAAAAAUUAUUUUUGUAAUUCUUUAAAGGAUAAUUGUCUCUAUGAACAAAACAUCAGUGUAUAUGAUUAAUACAAUAAAUGUAAAUGUUUUCAGAGAAGUGUUAGAAUAUUUUAUUUGUAGUUCCUCAUUAAUUGAAUAAAAAUGGUGUAAUUUUU